AUGGCGGAUGAUUUAAGUGAUCGAUGGGCAAAAUUGAAGAUUACGGAUGAGGAAUGUGAUGUUGCGGAACUAGGUGAGGCUAAUGAAGAUGAAUUGAAAGGGAGUAUUGAGUUAUCUUUGGUGGGAAAACUUCUGACAAUUAGGGCUUACAAUUUUGAGGUCAUGCAAAGAACUCUCUCGCAAAUUUGGGCCCUCAACAAAGGUGUGAUUUUUCGACGUAUCGAGAAUAAUCUAUUCGUUGUGCAACUUUUUCAUUGGAGGGAUAAGGAGAAGGUCAUUGAUGGGGCGCCAUGGACUUUUGACAAUCAUCUUAUACUACUCAAAGAAAUGCAUCACAACGAGCAACCCGAAAACGUAGAGAUUAAAUAUUGCCCGUUUUGGCUGAGGUUAUACAAUCUCCCCUUUGAUAGUAGGUCAAAUGCGGAUGUAAGGCUGAUUCCUGAGAAAAUAGGGAUUGUCUUGGAGGUGGAAGAUGAUGUGCUAGGGUGGGAUAAAUCAAGGAGAGUUAGGGUUUUGGUGGAUACAACAAAAGCCCUGCGAAGAUUACAAAAAAUUCGCUGUAGAGAUGGCUCAACAACAACUGUCCAUAUAAAGUAUGAGAGGCUUUCAAUCUUCUAUUUUUUGUGUGGUCUGAUUGGGCACUCAGAGCGGGAUUGUCCUACGGUGGAUGAUGAGAGUGAAGAGGUUGAAAAACAGUAG